AUGGAUAAUAACAAUUGUACACCUUCUCUUCCAAAAUGCGACACUGCUAUGGACACAUGUGACUGGAGAGCUCAAUUGCCAUCUAAUGCACGCGAGAAGAUUGUCAACAAGAUAAUGGAAAUCCUAAAGAAGAAUCUUCCGUAUGCUGGACCAGAGGGAAUUAUAGAGCUUAGGAGAAUUGCUUCCAGGUUCGAGGAAAAAAAUUUUAGUGGUGCUGCUAACCUGACUGAUUACCUUCGGAAAAUAUCCAUAAAGAUGCUGACUAUGGAGGCUAAAUAUCAAAAUGCAGCUGGUUCUUCUUCUUCUUCUUUUUUACCUAUCCCCGGUGCUUAUAACAGUCUACCCUUGAAUCCAGGUUGUCAUCAGAUGACAAUUGAAGGCCCGAUCAAAUCAGAGGCUGCUGUGAACACAGGUGACUGGAGAACUUGUUUGCCACCGGAUACACGCAAGAAGAAUGUCAACAAAAUAAAGGGAACACUAAAGAAACAUGUUCCAAACUGUGGGAAAGAAGGAAACAAAGAGCUCAAGAAAAUUGCUACUAGCUUUGAGGAGUUGAUUUUCAACACUGCUAUUGAUCAGGUGGAUUAUCUUCGCAAGAUAUCCUUCAAGAUGCAGACUAUGAACUAA